AGCGUCUCUUCCCCUUCUCUCAUCAUCACCUCAAGCUUAUCAUAAUGGCCUCUGUUCUUGCCUCUGCUGCCCAAACUGCCCACGCUGCCGUGGCAGGUUUGUUGAGUGUCGCUCAAGUCAAACCUGGUGAUACAGUGACCGCUCAUCCUCUCAAAGAAGGUGGCCCUACAAAUGUAAUCAGACCCACUUUCAAGGGACGAACGGUCAUCCUUUUUGUUCCGGGGGCGUUUACUGGGACGUGUCAUGCACAGGUGCCCGGAUACAUUGAGAAUGCUGAAGGGUUUAAAGCAAAGGGAGUGAACGAAUUGUAUGUUGUUGGUGUUAACGAUGCGUUUGUGAUGAAGGCAUGGAAAGAACAGCUUGCACCUGGCGGCACUGAAGUGAAGUUUUGUGCGGAUGAUAAGGGUGAAUUCGCCUCUUCCGUUGGGUUGUUGUUCGACGCUACACCUGUUUUGGGAGGACCUCGUGCUAAGCGCGCCGUUGUCGUCCUCAAAGAUGACAAAGUGGAGACGGUUGCUGUUGAGGAAGAUCCUACAAAGGUGACGGUUACAGAUGUGAAGACUGUUCUGGCGCAUUUGGCUUGAAGGAGAAAAAUGUGUUUGUAGUAAGUACUACCGAUGAAUUGUAUUCGUGGAAAUGGACAAGAUAUAUUGUUUUCAAACUGUACAUGUUCUGAAUGCCGAC